AUUGGUCGCAUUUCUCACGUGACCAACCAACUUUGUACAUUUGACAGAGGAGUAGGUGGGUUUUGGAGAGAUCAGAAAAACGACAGCACGAUAAAAAUUAGAAUUGUUGCACUUUUCAAAUUAAUGAUCAUGAGCUCCUACUUGAUCAAUUCAAAUUACAUCGAACCUUCUUUCCCACCCUGCGAGGAAUAUCAGCAGAAUGGAUACAUGCCCGUGUCAUCUGAUUAUUAUGAGCGGCCGAAAGACUCGGGCUUCCCCCAUCACGAGGAGGCAUCAUACCCGCGAUCAAACUACCAAGAGCCGAGCUAUGAUUACGGUAACGUGUCAACCAACGGCCUCAACGAUUUCACCGACCGUCAUCACGCGCAACCUCAAUCCGUUCCGCAGAAUCAUGGACCCCGCCUCACCACAGAGAGCUGUGUUGGUUCAACUGCGAACAAGGAUUGUAGCCUCGUGUCAGAGGCUCUCCCAGGCGCACAGAAGGGUAAAGAGCUGGUGGUGUAUCCCUGGAUGAAAAAAGUCCAUGUUAAUACCGUGACCGCCAGCUACUCUGGAGGAGUGCUCAAGAGGUCUCGCACCGCCUACACGCGCCAGCAGGCUCUUGAGCUUGAGAAAGAGUUCCACUUUAACCGAUAUCUGACUCGACGUCGACGAGUGGAGAUAGCGCACACUAUGUGUCUUUCUGAGCGUCAGGUGAAAAUCUGGUUUCAGAACCGCCGCAUGAAAUGGAAGAAAGACCACAAGCUGCCUAACACAAAGAUCCGCUCCUCGAGCUCUGCGCCCUCCAACCAUCACGUGAAAACGGACGCCACUCAGCAGCAGCAAACACUGCUUCCAACGCCUUGUCCCUCGAACCUAUAGUGUUAGAAGCAAAUCGGCACAAACGGAACUGAACAAGAAAGAAGAACAAAUAGCAGUAUUAGGAUCGGAACUUCACAGGGUUACUUUUUAUUCAGUGUACGAUGAGGCAACUUAAUCUCGCCUUCCCAACCUCUUCCUCCACCCUAAUUUGAGCUGGAAAUCACAUCCUUCCUGUAAAAAUCGCUUUUUCUCUCUCUCGUUAUCUCUCUCUUAAAGGAACAAUAGUAGAAUGUACUUUAACUUGGACAUUGGAUCGUUACGUUUUCUGUCUUUAACCGAGACAUACCGAGUCUUGUUUGUGAAGAUCUGCGCUAGUUACGCGUGUACAAAUUGACAUUUUAACUUGAAGGCACAAGUAUAGGAACAAUCUUCCUGGAGUAGUUAUCUUAUUUGUCUUAGUCCCAUAUUUUAGAGUAUUGUUAAGUGUAUUUACGUCAUCAAAGCUGUGAAUAUUUGUGUAUUUGUUUAUUUGUAUAUUGGUGAAUGAUGUCAAGUUGUUUUAGUAAGCCUGUAUGCAAGUAAUUGUAGGCUUC